AUGCGUGAGUUCAUCGAUCCCAAAGUGGUUUCCAGGCUGUCUGGCCUUGCACUGGAUGCACGCACACCAAUGGUCGGGAGCGUCUCUGGACGACACCGCAGUCCGACGCGGGGAUCAUCUCUUGAAUUCUCGGAAUACCGCAAAUACGUCCCCGGUGAUGAUACCCGACGACUCGAUUGGAGAGCCUGGGGUCGCAGUGAUCGCUUCUACAUUAAAGAGUAUGAAGCCGAUACGAAUCUGCGUCUCUGUUUGAUUGUCGAUGUCAGUGGUUCCAUGAACUACGGUCUUGACGGCACUCAAGAGGUCGGUAAACGGAAAAUCGAUUACGCUCGUCAACUCGCUGGGACACUUGCAUACUUGGCUGCCUUUCAAGGUGAUGCCGUUGGGCUCUACGCAGCUGGAACGGACUUUCGUAAAGAGAUCCCCCCCAAGCGAAGUGGAGCUCACUUGCGCCACGUUCUUGAUGAACUGAGUGACAUGGAAGGCAAAGGGGAAACCGGCCUCCCGGAAGCACUUCAUCAGGCAGCUGAGAAGAUUGCUCAACGUGCAUUGGUCGUCAUCAUCUCUGACCUGUUCGUUGAGACGGAAGAAUUGAAAUCCUGCUUCCAACACUUACGUUAUCGUAAACACGAUGUUGCUGUCUUCCAUUUGUUAGAACAGAACGAGAUCGAUUUUCAGUUUGACCGACCGAUUCGAUUCGUUGAUCUGGAAGGUGCACCGUCGAUGCUGGUUGAUCCCACGACCAUUGCCAAACAGUACCGCACAGCCGUGCAGAACUACCUGGAAAGUAUCAACCAAAUCAUGAAGGACUCCGUUGUUGAUUACCGAGCAGAACUGGUCAUGGAUAUCCGCGUCUUCAGUAAUGAACCGAUCGACGGCCCUCAACUGGUACCGGUCAGUAUUGUCCUCGAUGGGGCUCGUUCUGUCCUCGAACUCGAAAUGACGGGAACCGAAGUUGUUCGCAAUGGACAUGUCAUUCCCGUUUCCAGCGAAAGCAAAAGUGGAUGGGGACGCGCUGAACUCCCAGGGGACGCUAACCCGGCUGACAACAUCUUUCGUUUCGUCUAUUCAGAACCAGCAGUGCAACGGGCUGCGAUCAUUUCAGACGAUCCUGAGUUCUCAGAACUGAUGGAGAUCGUCAUUGCCAACGGUGUCGAUAAUACACUGACAUACGAAGCAGAGGUCUUCCCCACGAGCGCAGCUGCGACUCUCCCUUGGGAGAAGACGGGUCUGAUCAUUUGGCAGGGAGCUUUGCCCGAUAAGGUUCUCUCGAAUCAAUUACAGAACUUUUUGUCUUCUGGAAGAACCGUCAUCUUCUUUCCGCCGGAAACUCCAACCGAAGAAAGUUUCCAGGGUGUCUCCUGGCAAGCCUGGCAGGAUCAGCGACAAUCGCCUUUGUCACCGCAGCGAUGGAGAACAGACGCAGGGCUGCUGGCCAAUUCGCAAAGUGGGACUCCACUUCCUGUCGGGCAGCUAGAGAUUGCUCAAUACUGUGCAAUUGAGGCGGAAGAGUUCACACUGUUGGCUCAGUUUGAGAAUCAAAUACCUUUGUUGCUGAGAACAGCUGUCGGACAGGGAAGUGCCUACUUCUGUACGACAUUACCAACGCCAACUCAUUCCAAUCUCUCGACUAAUGGCAUCGCUCUGUAUGUCAUGCUUCAUCGUGCGCUCGCUCGUGGAGCGGGAGCGCUCAGUUCUGCUCAACAACAUGCCGCCGGGCAGAUCUCUUCUGAGUUCGCAGCUGACUGGAAGCCGCUGGAUGAACUCUCGGGUGAACAGUUACUUUCACAGCGGGCGAACAAUCCAGGUCUUUAUGUCGAUGAGAACAAGAUUGUGCAUGCACUCAAUCGGCCCGAAACAGAAGAUGCUGCCGCAAUUGUGGAUGAUGAAUCACUUGCGGCGGCGCUCAGCGGAUUGAAUUACACACGAAUUCAGGAUGAAGCUGGUAGUGCCAUGGCCCUCGCCAGUGAAAUUUGGAGAACCUUCCUGAUCAUCAUGAUCGCAGCCUUACUGCUGGAAGCAAUCUU